AGACUAAGAUAGUGUUAAUAAAGAAGCUGUCUAUUACAUCAGGAGAUAGUGCUGCUGUUGGGUAAGUGGUGGUUUUGACCUACCACAGAAUUCAGGGUCAGAUAUUCUAGGUCAGAUAGUUAGUUAGCUCGAUGUGUCAUUCACCACAGAGAUUUUGAACAUUAAACCAUUCUGCAAAUCUAGUGCAGCAAGAGAUAGUGUUAAGUGAGAGAGGAUGGUGCUGUGGUUGAAGGAGGGAUAUACAGUCUCUACUUAGGAAAGUGUAGCUAGUUCACACCGCAUGUUACAGACGUUAAGCAUCAAGUGUAUGAGAUACAUGGUAUACAGUGUAUGAGAGGGAGAGGGAAUUGGAGAGAUACCUGGUGAAACCUUUAGUUCAGCUCAACGUUAAUGUCAUUUGGACAGUCAUGGAGGAAGGAUUUUAUUUUGAUAUGCCUGAAGUGCAGUUUUGGUGAAGCUGACAUAGAGAUGGAUCACUAUGGUGAUAUUGAAGAGGAGGGAGAAGAAGAGGAAGAGGAAGAGAAGGGAGACCAUGGACGCUCAGGCCGGCCCAGACGACCCCGACAGCCACAACAGCAACAGGCUCUAGGACACAUAGGAGUCCAGAUUAAAGACUACUUCUGUUGCUCUGUGUUUAACACCAUGUUCUGCAACUGCCUCUUCCUAGGGCUCCUGGCCCUGCUCUGCUCUUAUCAGGUGAGAAAGAGGAUGGCGAAGAGGGACCUGAAGGGGGCGGUGCAGUGGUCAUGUUUACAGGACCAACACGGCUGCUGUGGCGGUGACCCUCUGUGGCCUGGCCUUUUUCACCUCUGUCUAUAUUUUGGUCAUUUUCUUUGUGACACAAACAUGCCUUAUGAAGGAUUGUCAUCAUAUUCUAAUAGUUAUGAUGCCGAAAGCUACCGCCCCUAAGUUCUGGCCGCAGCCGCAGUU